CCUGCUCCGAGGGGUUCCCCCCAAGGCCCAGCGAGCCCGACCCUUAGAGCCAAUCCUUAUCCCGAAGUUACGGAUCCAUUUUGCCGACUUCCCUUAUCUACAUUGUUCUAUCAACUAGAGGCUGUUCACCUUGGAGACCUGCUGCGGUUAUGA